CUAAAGACAACGUGCAACGCAAAAUCAUUGCCCGAUUGGCUAGUCUCACUGUUGGAGCUUGAACUGACAGGAUGUGCAGGUGCAGAAGCGGGAGAUGGGGGCUUCCAGGCGGGUAACGUUAGAAUGUGGUGACAGCGGAUAAAAACGGAACACAAUAAGUUUACCACUGCGUUUAUAAUGCAAAGUAGAAGGGAGACUUUCACUUGCUGAACGACAAGAGGUUGAUUAAAUCUGUGCAAGGCGCCUCAUAAAGCCACUUGGCAUAUCCGAAACCGAAUGAAAUGAUAAGCAGCUGGAGUGCAACAGGGUUGGUUCAAUCUAAUCCAGAAUAUGACUUGGUCAGAAGUGAGAUAAGGAAGAUUGAGGCUGGUGUUGUGUAAACAUCAAUAUGAAUUAAAUGGACAGCACCGCCUCUAUCAAGAUCAUCCUCCAGGUCAAGGCUACUCAGCAGCAAGAUAUGAUUUAUUCUCAUUUCUUUUUUCAUUACUUAUUUUCCUUUCCAUGAUUUCAGAAGAUUUUGAUGCAGCUCACUCACACAUACCCACAAAUAGAGUUGUUUUGGGCAUUUUCAUUUGUUCUUUUCCCCAAAUCUCACCUGCUCCUUUGUGCACUUUAUCUGCCAUUGUUAUAAUUUAUUAGUUGUCGGAGUGAAAUGUGUUUUAUAGGCCGCUCCUCAAAGAGAGACUAUGCUGCUAUGCUCCCUAGAUUAAUUACUGCUGUUAGAGAGAAUAUAACAAGGCAUUGUGGUCUGAAGCAAGGGACUCUGGGUAAGUUUUGCAGCACAUAAUUAAAAAUGAUGAAGUGAAAAACAAGGGCUUUACGCACUUGAGGAUUCAGGUAUGUUAUUAAAGCCAUUUAUUGUGUGGGCUGCUGCACUUCUGGACAGUCACAGUCCCUAUGAGAGUAGCUGACGAGCAUCAGUGGCCAGCUCAGACACUGAUGCCCUCACUGAAAUCCCAUCCCUGUUUUUUUACGGCAUCUCUCUCAACAUGGUACUUUAGGCAAUGUCACAAUUUUCUGUUUUAGUUAAAGGUUUGUCAUUGUGUCCAUGCAUCAGUUGUGUUGAUGGUAAUAUGUGUUUAUUUGUGUUGAUAGAUUACCAGUCAGAAACUCCUGCUGGAAUUCCGGACACUUUACCAUGACGCCUUUGACACAUUGACCAAUCAGAUGACAGCCAGGAGGAGGCUCUUUAGAGCAAGGUGGGCAUGCUGCAGUCGUUUGUGCGGGACCUAAGUGAGCAGAAUGAGGUUCUGAUCCAGGCGCUGGAGGCUGAGGAGGCGGAGGACCGGGUGGUGGAGGGGAGAACAGUCAGCCUUCACAAAGAGCAGGAGCGGCGCCUAUCCUUGGCUCUGUGCCCGAUGCCAGUGGACCUCGUGGGAACCACGGCAACGUUCUUCCGGACCCCUGGAGAAAUGGCAGACCGUUACAAAGAUGUGCAGACACACCUGCCUACCCAGGAUGCUAUACUUCAGCAUCUCAAAGAGGCCUGUCUAUCUCAGCAAGCCCAGGUUAAAGUGGAGGAGCGUGAAGCCCAGGUCCAGGAGCUGCAGGACACCAUCACAGAGCUGCACCAGGAGAUGACCAGGAAGGACCAGGACACGCUGACACAGCUGCAGGACACCAUCACAGAGCUGCACCAGGAGAUGACCAGGAAGGACCAGGACACACUGACACAGCUGCAGGACACCAUCACAGAGCUGCACCAGGAGAUGACCAGGAAGGACCAGGACACGCUGACACAGCUGCAGGUCACCAUCACAGAGCUGCACCAGGAGAAGGACCAGGACACGCUGACACAGCUGCAGGACACCAUCACAGAGCUGCACCAGGAGAUGACCAGGAAGGACCAGGACACACUGACACAGCUGCAGGACACCAUCACAGAGCUGCACCAGGAGAUGACCAGGAAGUACCAGGACACGCUGACACAGCUGCAGGACACCAUCACAGAGCUGCACCAGGAGAUGACCAGGAAGUACCAGGACACGCUGACACAGCUGCAGGAGCUGCACCAGAUGGAGAGCAGGGUGAAGCAGCUCACUGACCAGGUAGAGCUGGGGAACUAUUACCACCCAGACAGGUCUAGUUCAGGACUGGCCAGUUCCAUUGGGAAACACUUGCCCACUUCUAAUCAAGAUCAAAUAGAACAAGUCAGGAGCUCCGAGGAGACCAUAGGCCAGCUGAGACAGGAGGUGGCUGUUAGAGUGGGCAUCAGCAGCGCUACACUGUCUGGGGACGUGAGCACAGCAGGGAAAGGGAGUACUACUGACUCGACCGGAUCCAGUCCAGUCCCACAUCUCACAGAACAGAGGGGCAGAGAACUGCUGAAGACUGAGUUAUCACGUUGGGACGCAACCAUCCAGAGGCUCCGGCGAGAUGUGCUGCUCUCCCACCAGGCCCGCGACUCCCAGUCUGCUCAGCUGGAUGUCCAUGGGCAGAGGAUCUCUCAGCUGCAGAGGGAGCUACAGGAGAGCCAACUGGAGCUCCAGAGGGGACACAGCCGAAGAGAGCAGCAGCAGAGGGACCUGCAGACCCAGACACAGCAGGCAGAGGAGCUCCACACUCAGCUGGCUGAGGUCAAAGGGCGUCUUGUGCAGGUGGAGGGAGAAAAUGUGGCGCUCAUGGGAUAUAAGCUGGAGCUGAGAGCCGAGGUGGAAAGGCUGGCAGCGGUGGUGUAUUCUCUGCAGAGCUCUGUCAGGAUCAGAGGGCACAGAGAGUGCCCAGGCCUAGCGGAGGUAUGUGGACCUGGAGGGGGAGCUGACAGAGACCCAUGCCCAGCUCACGGAGUGCCAGGACAGGCUACAGGAAGCCAGGAGGAGGCUGCAGGACAGGAGUGCUGAGGUGCAGAGGCUCCAGAGGUCAUUGGCUGAGCUACAUGGGCGAGAGAUGGAGUGGGAGACAUCCGCCCUGCAGGGCCAGCUGGGCCUUGCCAGAGAGGAGCUCCACAGCGCCAUCCUCAGGAGGCAGGCACAGCAGCAGAAGGAAGAGCUGUUUGGUGAGCUGCAGAGGGAGGUGGACAGACUGAAGAAUGAGAGACAGGAGAUGCGAAAAAAGCUUUGUGGUAGAGAAGAGGAGCUGAAGAGGCUGAGAGACGAGCAGCAUCAGCUCAAGGACAAGGUGAGGGAGAGCGAUGUGCAGGCUGUGUGGCUGCAGAGCCAGGCAGACGUGGUGGGCCGGGAGCUGUGGGAGGAGAGUGCCCAGCGUGACAGGGAGCUGUGGG